AUGCUGGACCUCUUCGCACCUAUCAAAUGCCUUCUGCAAGAAGAAUCCGUGCGCAUUGACAAUGUAGUCUUCAGGCUGCACUCGCGUCUCACCGUUCUUCUACUGCUCGUUUGCACUAUUCUCGUAACUGCAAAACAGUACAUCGGCGAGCCGAUUUCUUGCCUGACCGAUGCUUCCAUCGACAAGGAUCCCGUGAAUGCAUAUUGCUGGAUCUACAGCACGUUCACGGUAUCCCGACACAUGAAAGGUAUUCCUGGACGAGGUGUGGCGAGUGCUGGUGUGGGACAGGCCUUUCCAGAUGACGAAGCCCGUCAUCAUCGAUAUUAUCAGUGGGUCUGCUUCGUCCUCGGCUUACAAGCGAUCCUGUUUUACGUUCCGCGCGCUUUAUGGGGCAUCUGGGAGAGAGGCACCGUGGGCCUCCUCUCGCGAGAUCUCGCGUCUCCGUUUCUGAGAGACGUCUGGACCGAGGAGAGGAAGCGACAACUUGUCGAGUACUUCACCAAGACGAAUCUGCACAGUCAUAAUUUCUACGCCAUGCGUUUCUUCGUGUGCGAGGUCUUGAACUUUUUAAAUUCGUUGGGUCAGAUAUAUCUGUUGGACCUAUUUCUGGAAGGACAGUUCAGGCGAUACGGGCCACUUGUGACUGCCUUCGUUACGGAGGAGAAUCCUCACGACAGGGUUGAUCCUAUGGCGCGAUUAUUUCCGAAGAUGACCAAGUGCACGAUUCACACCUUCGGACCCGCCGGUUCCGUCCAAACCCACGACGCCUUGUGCGUCCUCCCGUUGAACGUGGUGAACGAGAAGAUCUUCAUCGUUCUCUGGUUCUGGCUGGUGUUUCUCGCUGGCGUCGGUUGCCUGGCGUUAAUCUAUAGGAUCAUAGUUUUCUCCCAAUCCUGGGCGAGAGUGUACCUUCUGCGAGGUGAAGUUCGCGUGCUCGAGAAGUCUAAGACCGAGCGUGUCGUACGAGUGUUUCACUUCGGCGAUUGGUUCCUAUUGCACCAACUCGCACAGAACGUCAAUCCUAUCGUGUAUAGGGAGCUGGUUAAUGAGAUAGCGAAAGCCCUCGCGACCAAGAGUUUUACGGACUUUGUUUAG